AUGCCACUCACACCAGAGCAAGUUCAGAUCAUCAAGUCCACCGUUCCGGUCCUCCAGGAACAUGGCACAACUAUCACAAGUCAAUUCUACAAGACUGUGCUCGAAGAGUACCCGGAAUUGAACAACGUCUUCAAUCAUACGAAUCAGGUCAACAACCACCAAGCAAAGGCUCUCGCUGGGGCUCUCUACGCCUACGCCGCCCACAUCGACGAUUUAGGAGCUCUAUCGCCAGCUGUGGAGAAGAUCUGUCAAAAACAUGUCUCUCUCUACAUCCAGCCGGAGCAUUACAAAGUGGUCGGAGAAGGUCUUCUCAGAGCCAUGGGAAUCGUGCUUGGCGCGGCCUGCACUCCUGAAGUCCUCGAUGCGUGGACCGCAGCGUACUGGCAGCUUGCAGACAUCUGCAUCGGCCGAGAAGCAAAGCUCUAUUCUGAGAGUGAAGGCUGGACCGAUUGGCGAGAUUUCGAAAUUGCGGAUAUAUUCAGGGAGAGUGACGAGAUCACGUCUUUCUACCUCAAGCCUAAAGACGGUCGAAAGCUUCCCGAAUACUUGCCAGGCCAAUACAUCUCGCUGCUGACGGAUGUGCCCCAGUUCGGGUACAAGCAAUCGCGACAAUACUCAUUGAGCGAUGCUCCCAGGGCGUACUACUAUCGCAUAAGCGUCAAGAAGGAGAUCGGACUCGAUCCUCAAGACCCCAAAGCGCCAUCACAUCCAGGCUGGAUUUCGAACAUACUGCACGAGCAGAAGAAUGUUGGAGAUGUCGUGCAACUUUCACAUCCAGCUGGUGACUUCUUCUACGACCCUGCAAAAGACAACGAAGGGCCAGUUGUGCUUCUCUCCGCUGGUGUCGGCACAACGCCCAUGAUCUCGAUCCUCAACACGCUUAUCGAGCGCGGGUCAACACAACAUAUUGUCUUUGUCCAUGGCGCCAGGACAACAUCAGCGCAUGCCUUCAGAGAUCAUGUUCAGCAGAUUGAGUCAGAAAAGCGCAAUGUGCACUCGGUGUUCUUCAUCAAGAAUCCAAACCCUCCUCAGGAUGUCAAGGGCCAACAUUAUACGCACGAAGGACGUUUAAAUCUGGCAACCCUGGACAGCAAGACACACUUGUUUCUGGACAACAAGCAGACGAAGUAUUGGGUCUGUGGCCCGGCGAGUUUCAUGGCUGAUGUCUGGAGUGGUUUGAAGGGCCUUGGCGUCGAGGAAGACAGAAUCAAGCUGGAGUUGUUCGGCACAGGGGAGCUGCCCACGAAGUGA